AGGGGAGGGAGAGGUAGGGGGGAGGGAAGAGGCCGCAGAAGCCGAAGCCCUGACCCACCGGCAGGCAGGGGCUGCGGCGGCGCCGACCGUCCGUCCUCUCAGUACCCAUCAACUCCUCCGCGAGGCACUCAGCGGCCGCGUGAAGCACAAGAUGGGCACUGGGCGGGUGUCACCUACGAGGAAGCACCUCUGAUUGCACUCAGCUCCUCGCCGCUCCCAUCACUACUUUUGCACAGGGGAUCAGAGGAGCCCGUGUCGGGGCGACACGGGGACACCGAGCCACCGCCAGCGCUGUUCGCCCUUUGCCCGCAGAGCCGGCGCCCCCCAUGCGCCAGGCAGCCGAUCGGUGGCGUCUGGGGACGCCAUGGCCUCGGCGACCGCGGCGCCGGCGCCGGGCGAAGCGGAGGAGACCACCCGGCUCCGAAAGCCGCGCUUCUCCUUCGAGGAGAACCAGAUCCUGAUCCGGGAGGUGCGCGCCCACUACCCUCAGCUCUACGGCGCGCAGAGCCGUCGGGUGAGCGUGGCCGAGCGGCGGCGAGUGUGGGACAGCAUCGCCACCAAGAUCAACGGCAUCACCAGCUGGAAGCGCACCGGCCAGGAGGUUCAGAAGCGUUGGAACGACUUCAAGCGCCGCACCAAGGAGAAGCUGGCCCGCGUGCCGCAUUCCACGCAGGGCGCGGGCCCCGCCGCCGAGGACGCCUUCUCCGCGGAGGAGGAGACUAUUUUCGCCAUCCUGGGGCCGGGUGUGGCGGGGCCCGGGGCUGGCGCUGGGGCUGAGGAGUCCCCAGCAGGUGCCUCUUCACAGCCGCAGGCUUCGACCGCUAGUACACAACGGUAUGUGUUGUCAGAGGACCGCAGGCAGGAUCGACGGGCAGAUACAUCAACAGCGCAGAGCAAGGGAGGCUCCAGUAGCCCAGAGUCCUGGGCCAGGCCCUCUUGCAAUCCCCAGGAAGCCAAGGAGCGUGAGUCCGCGUCCCCUGCAGCCAUGCAGCCUGUCCAGCUGCCCCGCCUGGCCUUGUCUCCACCGCUCCCUGCCCCUCCACCACCACCCACAACGCCGGCUCAGGUGGCACCCUCGUCUCCUAGCCCAACUCCCCUUCGGCCCACCUCUGCCCCAGAACAGUCCCUGGACUUCCUGCGGGCUCAGCAGGAGACUGCCAAUGCUAUCAGGGAGCUGGCUGGCACCCUUCGGCAGGGACUGGCCAAACUGAGUGAGGCCCUCAGUGCCCUGUUACCCCUUUUGCCGGGAACCCCAACUGACCCGCUGCCCCCGCCCCCACCGCCACCUCCUCCACCACCUCCCAAGCCAGUCCUGCCAGUACCUGCCCCCAAGGUGGAGCUCGCCCCAGAGCCGGUGUCUGUGGUAGCUGCUGUUGUGGAUGGGGCUGUAGUGGCAGCUAGGGGAGUGAUCAUCUCCCCUAGGAGUGAGGAAGGGGUGCCCAAACCACCACCCCCAGCCCCACCACUUCCCCUCCACGACUCACCCCCACACAAAAGGAGGAAAGGUUUCCCUACACGGAAGAGGCGGGGCCGCUGGAAGUCUCCGUGAAAUCUACCCCUGUCCACGCUCCUGCCUGCAACCCCUCUCCCUGCUUGGCGCAGUCGAGGAGGAAGAUGCUCUUUGCCUAUCCCAGCUGCACCCUGGCUUCCUGCUCUAGGGGAGUGAGCACCUCACUUCCUGUGCUAGUUAGUGCCUGAUUCUCUGGGUGAGUCCCUGGAUGGACUCCCUCAGCCCCUUUCUCUGGUACAGUGGUGUCCGCCUGACCGCCUCCUGUAACCCCAACUUCUAAGCCAUCAAUUUUAUGUUACUAUAUUGCCCUUUGUGGGGUGGGAGAGGGACCUCCUGGCUCUGCGACAUGCCCCUUUACCUAAUAGUUGCGGUUCAGAAGGGUUGGAAGUUGCCAGACAAAUCAGAAUGUAGAAGGCGGAGGACUCUGAGGAGGAGGAGGCAGAAUUCUGACUGGGGAGGUAUAGGUUGGGUCCUUUGCCUCUCAUUGCUUCGAGGUGUGUCUGACCUCCGGAGCUCGGCCCCCACCCCCUUUUUUCCUCAGUGCUGACAAGAUGUCAAUAAACUUAUUUUCAUACAAUUAA